AUGCUCUCUUCCUCAUCCAAAAAACUAUAUAUUUUAGGCUCUCAAAUAGAGUGUUGUACCAUAAAUAAUUCUAAAAUUGGUUCAUUCUUACCUAGAGCAGUAUCUACUACUACGGAAAAUAUUGAAAAUGAAAAUUUUUCUUAUGAUGUUUUGACUAAACCUGUAAGUUUUAAGUUAUUUGAAACAAAUCCAUAUGCAUCUCAUUUGAAACAAGUUUAUCCAUUGACGAUUUAUGAAAAUGAUCUUACAACCGAGAUGUUAAACAUCCUCAAAACUUAUACCGGCAAUCAUUAUGUAAGAACAAAUUUAAAUUUAUUAACAAAUUAUGAUAUCGAUUGGGAUUAUAUAAAUAAAUUGCGGUCAAUAAUAAGAGGUUUAUAUCAACAUGACUUAAGACCUGUUUGUUAUAGAGGAUUGAUUUUAAGUGAUAUUGAAAUAGAUUACUAUAAGAAAAAAAUUGGUAAAUGUUGUUAUACCAAUCCAUUUUCUUCAUUUACAACUGAAAAUAAUUUAAUAUUCUUUGGUAAUGCAACUAUUAUAUUAAAAACAAAACCGGGUAAUAGAUUGAAUAUUGCUAAUGUAUGGAAAUGGAGUCUUUAUCCCGAUGAAAUGGAAGCUAUUUUAUCUAUUAGUUCAAAAGUGAAAAUUUUAACUGUUAAAAAGUGA